AUGGGUGUCCUCGCCAACCACGUUCCCUCCAUCGAGCAGCUCAAGCCCGGUCUCGUCGAGAUCCUUGAGGAGAGCGGCGCCACCAAGCAGUACUUCCUGUCCGGUGGCUUCGCCGUUGUCCAGCCCGACUCCCAGCUCAGCAUUAACGCUGUCGAGGGCUUCGCCCUUGAGGAUUUCAGCGCCGACUCCAUCCGCGCCCAGAUCGCCGAGGCCCAGAAAAUUGCCAGCGGCAGCGGCAGCGAGCAGGAUAUCGCCGAGGCCAAGAUUGAGCUUGAGGUUCUCGAGACCCUGCAGGCUCACGUCAAAUAG